UUUAGAUCAGUAUUCUCUUUUCUGCGGAGUUUUCUUGGACGGCUUAUCUAUUAUUUAUUGCCACGUUUCAUACUCCCCUUCCUCAAAUCCGGAUUUGUCUGGUUCUAGUUCAACUUGGAUAAUAGCUUUAAAGGACACCGUACAGUUAUCGAAGACAAUUGUCAUUGCGCUUAUUUUUUUCCUUCUGUGAGCAUAUCUUACGUUGAUCGACUCCAGAAAUUGAUGUAUAUGUAGAUAGUGUAGGACCACACUCGCGUGUCUAGAGACAAAUAUGUGUAUUAGUUUCCCUUAGACAAUGUCCUCCGGAGUCAACAUGUUGUUGGCAAUGGAUGGAAUUUCCCCAUUGAAUAUGCUUUCUAAAUAGCUGUAGAGUCAGGAAAAGAUCCCGUUUUCGAUCUAUAGAUAAUCAUUCCUUCCAUAUUACUAAGCAAUAGUGCAGUAAUAAAUGACACAACUAGUUAUUUGUUUGAGCUUGCUCAACGGUCAAAUUAUAGCAGGAAGAAAAAACAAAUUAUAGCAAGAACAAACCUAAAACCGCAGAGAAAUUAUAACGUAUUUCUGUUCAUUAAUAAUUUGUCUUGCAAUAUUGGUUUCGUUUUUUGUUAUUUGCUUCAAUAAAAUAAUGUUUAGAGAAUACUGACAAUCAGUUGAAGGAGCGGAGAAAACUCUGGGGGCGUGGAACUUGAAUCUCUAGUACCAGUCACGCUCGCUCACCAGAUAUACAUUUGAAAAAGUUCUAACGGAAGAAUGGAGUGCUUUUGGCAGUAAUGCGCCAUAACGUUGGAUGCCAACCGCUGAUAAACCCCACAGGAGAGAGGAGUUGUUGAUUGCUAAAUCUCGGUUGGGAAUAUGCAUGUUUACGGUUGAUAUCCGGUAUGUGUGAGAGAGGAGCGGCGCAGGCUUUCUAAUUAAACUCUUCAAUUCAACUUUUGAGGAUGGUCCCCCAUAUGCUUGAAAUGCUACUCAGCUCAAUGUGCUGAGACGGAUAGAGCUGACACAACAUGUAUAAUGCGUGUGAAAAUGCCAGAUCAAGAGAAUGGAGCGACGGUGACGGAUACAGCCACCAUAAUAUGGCUCACUGGGAAAGUGAUCCCCCAGCUGGUGAAAGACAGUACCUCACCCAACAAGAAAGGGGACACCCGUGCCUGAACCGUGAGGAUGACGCUGCCAUGCGGCCCCACUGCAACUCCCAUAGACAAAACUCUGAAAUGCAGUUCCGUGGACAUCGGACACAAGAGACCCAGCCGCCUCAUCCGUAUCAUCAGGACCAUCACAUAAUGGCUCAGAGUCAGAACAUAAGGGAUUGGCCCAAUCGCUAUGGACACUUGAGAGGCCAGGCACCCCCUAAUGUAACCUUACACUGCAGUGGAGAGAGAACAGAAACAUGGGCUAAGCAUGAACCCCACUUCCCCAGCAAUGACUUUUUACCCCCACUCAUUGUCGAAAGAGGGCAUGAGGAUAUUUCCCAUCACCAUAACACUGAGCAGGAUUAUAUGUUUGGUCAGACAGUGAAUCAUAACAAUCUCCAUUACUUGGAAAGCAAAGGGCAGAUGUUCGAUCCCACCCAUUCCAAUGGACAUGCUAGAGGACAUUGCAAUGUACAUUCAAGGGGACAUUCUACUGAAUGCUCAAGGGGACAUUCUAGGGGUGGUUCCCGUGGAAAUUCUAGGGGUGGUUCUAGUGUACGUUCUCGGGGUGGUCCUAGUAGACGUUCUCGGGGUGGUCCUAGUAGACGUUCUCGGGGUGGUUCCAGGGGUCGGUCUAGUGGACGUUCGAGGGCCCAUUCCAAAGCAGCCAGCCAUGCUAUACUAGGACCUAGUGUUCCUUCCCAAGCUAUAACACAACAAACAGAUAAUCUUCCUGGCAAUGUUGCUCUGGUUUCUCACACUCAGACCUCUGCCACCCCUGACCAGCAAUAUGCUCCCUCUCCUCCCAAACCUCUCACGGAGACACUUCAGGAAAAACCUCCUCAUAAACAUAAGAUCUCACUCAAUGAAAUACAAGACUGGCUCCAGAGUGUUUUAAGAUCUAAAAAUGGACCUGUAAAUGGGAACAACUCAACACAAGACCCCUGCCAGGCACAACAAUCCAGCACAGAGAAGAUGGAUAUUUUACAAGCAGGCAAAAUGCACCUACAUAGUAACACCAAAGACAACCAGGCGAGGCCCCCUGAGAGGUUUAGUGCUGAGGAAUCCCCUAUACGGCUGGAGAUUAAGUCCACCCCCAGGAGCAUGACCCUGACGGCAGUCGCCACCACUCCGCCCCCCGUGGCUAUCGUCCCUCCAAUGGGUCCACAGCAGUCCCCAGAGCCAAUGGAGACAGAGAAUACAGGCAAUGAGGUGCCAUUUAAGAUUUUGCGGGCCUGGUCCAUCAACGAACAACAAGUAGAAAGUCUGUGGGAAAGAGCUAAAGAUGAUGCAAGUUCUCUAUCUGUCCUAAAUGAGCCGGUUCAAGUUGAGAGUUUUAUGGAGUAUGAUAAGCCUGUAGAUGCAUCUGCAACAAGUUCACUGGCAUCUACUGGAGAUGACAAUAAUGAGGUCCUCCAGGUCAUCACACAGAUGGACAAGAGUUCACCUUCACCAUUUGUCCACAUCGUCCCUCAGGCAACUGAUAUUGUACGCACCGGGGGUACCCAGACAAUCGUGGAAGUUAGCUCCAACGGCGCAGAUGAGAGAUCUCUUGUUUUGUCCACAAUUGCUGAAGUUCAGUUCAAGUUACGUACGCUGCAGCAACUGGUUACUUGUCGGGAGAAUGCAGCAACGAUCACAGAGGCAAAAGAUGGUUGUCUAGAAACCAUAUUGGAGCAGUAUUGGGGCGGGGAUGCCUCCAACCUGGUAGAAGCUUUAAAAGAUAAAAGGGAUAAGGAAAUCAUGCAAGAUGUGUCUGCCUGGGCCGCAGAGGAUGAGGAAGCAGUGGUUCUCUUUGCAGUCAGUGGUAUAUCACUGGGGGAAGUGGUCGAGAAGUUUCCUAUUCAAGCACAUGUUGACAGCUCUUCCCAAGUGUGUUACAGGUCAUCAUGGUUAAAUGUCAACGAGAAGCUGAAUGACAUUGACAAAGAAUCUGGAAGAGCCUGGUCUCUGUGGUUCAUACCAGAUAAAGCAGAGGAGAGUUCCAAAGUGGUUGGGGGAGUCAAAAUGGAUGACACCUUCCACAGCAAGAUGGAGACUUUGGAAUUUCCUGCACGACAACCUGUUGAAGCAGAAGCAACAGACUCAGACCUCACAACAAACAUAGACCUCAUGAUGGUUGCAGACCCCCCAACAGACACAGACCUCCCAACAGAUGCAGACUCAGAGACAGAACCCCUUUCCCCAAUGAUUUUGACCGUUCUCACACCAGAGGAUGCUGUGAAACUGCUUGCUGAAACAGAGGCACCAGACGCAGACCUCACAACAGCCUCAAACUGCCCAACAGAUGCAGACCUCAAAAUGGUCACAGACCUCACAACAUACACGGACACAGAACCCCUUUCCCCAAUGCAUUUGACCAUCCUGACAUCUGAGGAUGCCAUGAGACUGUUUUGCCAGAUCGAAAAUGGCUCUGACCUCCAACUCGGGUCCCAUGAACCAUGCUCUGAAAACAAAGACAAGACAAAGCAACUAGAGAAUAUAGAAAGUGGCAGCUUAGAUAAGUCCUGCUACUGUCCUUGUAUUAUUGAAACUGACAAUGGGUUUGAAAGUGGCCUAUGCACCAGUUGUCAGAGAGAGAAAGGACUGCAGCAAGGUACAAGAUGCAUAACAAUCGCUCAAUGCUUUACCCUGUCAGAUACAAGCGACAAUUCAGAUCAGGAGACAGAAGAGGUCCCUAAGGACUCUGGGGGGAAGGCGACUGUGGACAAUCAAUGUAGGGACAAGAAGCAGAUACAAUCAACUGAAGAAGAGGGGGAUGACAAUCAAUCCUGUGACAAUAAGACAGAGGUAGAAAUGCAGCAAUGUACAGGUGUCAUACCGAUCACUGACUUUUUUUUCUGGUCAGAUACAAUUGAGGAUUCAGAUCAGGAGACAGAGGAGAACCCUAAUGAACAACAUGCUCAGAUUGAGGCUCAUGCUUCUAAUGUUAAAAGGACAGAGCCUGAAACUGAUGCCAAAGCACCCUGUGAGUCAGCCCAAGAACAUACUACCCAAAGCAAAGUCAGUCCUGGUUCUGAGGAUAGGGAAAGACGGCAAGAGAAGGACCAAGACUGUAGGACGAGUACAUUACCAAUUCCCAAGUUUGAAAACCCUUCUAAGUUAAGAGCUAACAUCAUAGCAGACAAGUGGUGUUCACCUGUAGAGGACUGUGGUUCACCUGCAGAUAAGUAUGACAAAGUUGCUGACUUUGUCACUCAAUACAAAACCUGCAACUCAAAGAAAAAAGUAAAAGAAAAAAUGGAAAAGGAGGAAACCCUCCAUCCAACAUCAUCUGACAGACAAAAGCCCAAGAAAUGCCAUGGGAGAGCAGAGGGGGGACGGUCACCAUCCCAACCCUCUAAGAGCUCUGGGGAGAAGGCAACUUUGAAUAAUCAAAGCAGGGACAAGAAGCCACAUGCGUCACACAAGAGGAGAAAUUUGACUGAGAAUGAUGAAAGUCGAUGCAGAGACAAGAAGAGGGGAUCAUCAACUGAGAAGGAGCGUGAGGGCAGUCAAUCCAGGUACAAUAAGCCACCGAAGAGGAGACAUUCAACUGAGAAAGAGCGUGAGGGCAGUCAAUCCAGGGACAAUAAGCCACCAAAGAGGAGACAUUCAACUGAGAAAGGGAGCAAGGACAAUCAAAGUAGGGACAAGAAGGGGAGAUUUUCAAUUGAAAGACUGGGUGAGGCCAGUCAAUCUAGGGACAAGACGUCACAGAAGAGGAGAAAUUCAACUGAAACUGAAGGCAGGAACUCUGACUCCAAAGAGUUAAAGUGCCAGUUGGGGGAAAGAGAGAGGGCCAGCAGCAGUAAGAACUCACCGCUGUGCCCUGGGGUGAAAACCCUCCAUGUGCUGGGAUCCUCAACUACCACUGUUCCUCUCAAACUCUCCAUAAACAUCCCCAAAAAGCCUUCCACAAAUGGCUCACCCUCAACAUGUACUGAGGAAGUCUCCAAAAUGCCAAAGACUAAAUCCCCAAACAAAACUAGCAGACACCACUCCCCUGCAAAGUCAGUGUCUCCUGUUGUCAAAGAGAGGCAGAGGAACGGUGUGAAACACGAGCAAACAAUUCAACCCCUAAAAGACAGAUGGAAAAAGCUGUCCUUACCCAAACAUCUUAUCAGGAAAGGUUCCCCACCAAGCCGGAAGAGAGAGAAAGGUUCCCCACCAAGGCAGAAGAGGGUGGAGGAUAGAGGAGACCCUCUGGGUUUAGGGGUAAUGGUCUCUAAGAAUCCUGACUCGUGCAAGAAACUAAAACGUAAGGCAGAGAGCGACUUGACAUCCCAACAGAUGUUGUCAAAGAUUCCGAAGGUGUUGAAUAGGAAUGAGAAAGGAACGUUGUCAAAAAGCAAGCGUGAGCGUGACUCGCUGCCCCCCAAGCCAAAGCUGGCAAGGAUUCCGAAGCUUCUGAGGACUCCAGAGGUUUCAAAGGAUGGGAAUGAGAGAGAGAACAGAGAAGAGACAUCUCCCAGUGCUUCACCUGAAUCACAAAUGCUGAACAAACCAGCAAGAGUGGCACACAAGCCCAAACCUUGUAUCAAGCCUGCCAGUCCCAAUGGUUAUAGCCCAGGUAGUCAUGAUUGCCAUAAUCUGGCCAGGAUAUCACAGCAACAUGCCAAUGGACAUUUUGGGGCAAAAGUGUCUGCGAGGCAGCAGGUGUUCUCAGAUUGGGAGAGCAGCUUUGUCCCGACUCCAACCCCCCGGACUCGCAGACGAUCAGGGUGUCCUCCAGAGGAAGUGGAAGGUCCACAGGCCAGUCCCAGAUCCAUCCCGGAGACCAGGAUCAUCAGACCCAUUCUAAAAUGUGUCGAUGCUCUGCCGAAACCCAAGCGGAACGUCAGCUUUUCUUUGAAUCCAAGGAACGUGCACUACUUCAAUCCCUGUGAAUAUGAAAAUGACGUCAUGUUCAACAGGUCUUACAAAGAUCCGGAAGAUGCACAACGUUCUGACGAUGAAGAGGAAUAUGCUCCUGUGAACUGCCAGAAUACGAAGGAACAGCCCCCUGUUCGGGAAGAGAAUCAGCAAGAUAUAGGGGAGCUGAAGCCUGGACCAAGCGGUGCAUGUGAAAAGAGCUUCAAAAGGAAGCUGGAAAUGCAGGAGCCUGCUGCCAUUUUGAUGAAGAAGAGCAUUGUUCAGGCAAAGCAUUUGACGAAGUCUCUCCAUCGUGAACCUCCGAAAGACUCCAGACACUCGGCAAAAAAAGCUGGAGUUGGUUACAAGUGGUCAGAGAAGCAGAAGAAGAGGCCAAAUGAAAUUGAAGGUUCCUGUCUGAAUGCAAGCCUCCCUCACGGUAAUCAUCCAGGUUCCUCUCAGAAUGCAAGUCCCCCUCACGGUCACCAUCCGUGUUCCAAUCAGAAUGCAAGUCCCCCUCAUGGUCACCAUCCAUGUUCCUCUCAGAAUGCAAGUCCCCGUCGUGGUCACCAUUCCUCCUCCAGCCAAGGGAGAAGAGUUGAGCCAACAGCCAGGCACCAUAGCUCUCCCGUGGACGAAUGGAACGAGCGGUGGUCAGGAGACAGACAUGAUUCGUAAGCAUAUCAGUCGGCCCUGACAGGAUACACCAGACAGAACCGUAAUUGCUGGUUUCUGGCAAAGACAAUACUUUUACCUCAAACCUGACAUUGUGCAUAUGCUGUUCUUUAAAAAAAAAACUUGAAACAUUACAGACAGUGCCUAUAAAGCCAUAUUUAGGCUUCAUUAUGCAGUUUACAUUUCUACAUGUUUUUAUAUGUUUUUAAAUGAGUAAACGUCUGAUUUCUCUCCCUAUAAUAUGUCCGGUUAGCUGUGGUUGAAACAGUCAGAAGUAUAUCUUAUAUACCACCUGUUAUUGUUACUCUUGACACCUAAGGGUGAUUGGUGUUCGGUUACUCGUACUCUUAUAGUAUUUUUUGCCUACAUUGUUAGAGCAUCAUAGGGAUUGAGUCAUCAUAGUGAUGGUAUUGUAAAUUGUAUUUUGUUUGUUUACCGUCUUUUUUUAUUGACUAUGUCUAUUGCAGCCAGAACCAAAGCUAAAGGGGAGAAACCGGACUGAACUUAUUGUUUGGUGAGAUUCUGCUGUCUCAUACACAAAAAAAAGUGUCAAUUGUAGCCAAGCAGGUUUUUUAACACUGGUGAUUAAAUGAAUCAUAGAUGUCGGUCAUCAACUGAUAUUUGAAAGCCGUUGUCACUUAGUUUGAGGUAGUUCCUUGCACUGGGUUUAUAGUUAUCUGUGGCCGUAGAUGUUGUUUGUAGUUAAAUUCAACUACUGCUAAUGUUUUGGGUAUUGAGGAAUGGAUGUCCUUUACAGGUCACUGGUUUUAUACUUUGUCUUAAACAUUGGUCGAAAUGCCAUUUUUGUUUUUAAUACAUGUCCGUUUUUGUCCAUUUGAUGUUUACUGUAUUGUUAUGGCACUGAACUAAUAUAUAAAUACAGAAAAUAUGUUUUUGUUGGUACCUGUUCUCUCAGACUACACAGCAUCCAAUGAAGAGAAUUGUAGUAUUAUUUACCCCCACCACCAGCCAAAGACCACAUUUGAGACACACAGUUACACCAGCUGAGGGAAGCAAAGUACAAUUUUUAUGUUCCUUUCAUUUCAGUCACUCGCUUGUGCAAGGCUUCUCCGUUCUAUGUGUUGAUACUUGAGACUCACAUAGGUGAAUGGAUCAGAACCGAUAACACAAUCUUCGGUCAUGUUUUCUGUUUCUACACAACACUUAUUGUAUAUUUAUUGAAGAAAGCCAUGUACAAGGGUGGUGGAGGCCUGUUAAGAAUGUAUAGUUAAGCAAUAAGGCAUGAGGUUGUGUGGUAUAUGGUCCGCGUUGCGUCGUGCCUAAGAACAGCUCUUAGCCGUGGUAUUAAAAAAAAAAAAAAAUAAUAAUAAUUUUACCUUUAUUUAACUAGGCAAGUCAUUUAAGAACAAAUUCGUAUUUACAAUGACAGCCUACACCAGUCAAACCUGGGCCAAUUGUGCACCGCCCUAUGGGACUCCCAAUCACGACCAGUUGUGAUACCCUGGUUCGAAUCCAGGCUGUAUCUGUAGUGACGCCUCUAGCACUGAGAUGCAGUGCCUUAGACCGCUGCGCCAUUCAGGAGCCACAAAAUUGGCCAUAUACCAGAAACCCCCGAGGUGCCUUAUUGCAAUUAUAAACUGGUUACCAAAGUAAUUAGAGCAGUAAAAAAAAUAACCUUUGUCAUACCCGUGAUAUACGGUCUGAUAUAACACGGCUGUCAGCCCAUCAAUGUUCAGGGCUCAAUCCACCCAGUUUAUAAUAAAAUAAAUCUCUUCACGAGUUGAAGUCCUAACCGUA